GUUGAGGCACCCGCUCUAACGGCUAACGUCUCUCACAUCCCCGGGCUUCAGCCGGUGCUCCGCCGUUCUCGACCUGUCCUAUCCGGCCGAUGGACUGCACGGAAAUCAGUGUCGCUGACAACCGGAAGCUGCAUCUCCUGUGCUACACGUAUUUAUUGUCGCGGAGCCGGUAGGAGCUGUCCUACAAGGACCUGUCUAGGUGUUGAUGAAUCGCGGACAGUUUCGAGUGUCCUGACUGUGUCUGCGAAAGUCGUAGAGAAAAAAACUCUUAGUGCUUGUGCUGCAUAUCCUAAGAUUGACGUUGAUAAUCCUUGCAAGAAUGAAAUCCGCGAACAGAUAGUUCUGAGGAAAAAUUUUGCUGAACGUAUUUAAUUGCGCGUAUUGUUGAUUGAAAAGAGAGUCUUCUUUUCUAAAAAGAUACCAAAGAAACGAUUUCGGCGACAAUUAUCAUCCCUGAAAACUCAUUAUUCUCCUGGAGAACUCUUAAAAACAGAUCUGCCGACAACCUUAAAAGGACUCUGAUUAGUUUCGUUGAAAAGAUUAAACAAUAUUGUGUAUGUUUGUUUAUUGCUCCGAUAACGUAUCAGAAUCAUUAGCGUGGUGAAAGAGAAUGCGAAUGUCGUGUACAGUGACGCGAAAGUUAUAAGAGAGUGAACGGACUCGAGGUCCAGGAUGAUGGAAGUGCAGCAGCAACACUCGCCUGUCGGGGUGGGUCCGCUAGACUUUUCGAGACGGGGGGUUGCCGAAGCAUCAGCUUUUCGAGUUGUCAAGCCCAAGCAACCGGCUUCGUCACUCGUGCAUCAGCAACCGCUGCCGCCGGAAACUAACAACAACGAGAAUCUUCAGGAAAAUCCGCAAAUUCCAAUCGACAGCGAAGGAGGAUGCAAUGUUCGUUUAAUGUUCCCUAGACUGUGGGCACCUUUCGGAAAUGCUACGGAGAUUACGAACCUACCACCUUUACCAAAAAGUCAUUCAGAACGAUUAUCGUUCGGAGUGGGUCGUCUGGUGGGCUCUCCAGCGACGAGGAGUCCCUCGCCAUCGCAAUCUCCCUGUCCGGAUUCACCUCCACCCGAACAUCGAGAUGCCGAGGUGGACGUCGAUGUCGGUGAGGAGGAAGUCGACGUGGACGUCGAGGAAGUCGGCGAUGACGAUGACCAUGAAGGUACCUCGAGUCCGCCGCGAUCAUCGUCGACACCGUCGCCAUCGCCUAUCAGCGUCGCGACGUCACCCGUUUCGCAUCCGCCGAAGAAAUCCGGCGACAGUUUCAGCGUGUCGGCUCUCCUGAGGCCAGAUCCACCCUCCGCUCACCUGCAGAACGCGUCUCCGCAUCGGGAAACCGCUUCCAUGGGCGCUCAUCCGCCACCACCCGGCUCAUCUAUUCUAUAUCCGCCGUUGCAUCUCCAGGGCAGUCUCCUGCCGCCUCAUCCGCAUCAUCCCCUCUCGUACCUGCAUCCUCAAUUGUUGCCGCAUCAUCUUCUGCCGCCGCACCUGCACCCGCUAUUACGCGGCGUUCAUCCGGGUCACCCGGGACUGCAUUCGACCCACACGGCGCACGGUCUGCAUCAUCCCCAUCCGCUUGGCGAUGUCUACAGCUGCGUCAAGUGCGACAAGAUGUUCAGCACGCCGCAUGGGCUCGAAGUGCAUGCGAGGCGAUCACACAAUGGUAAACGGCCAUUCGCCUGCGAGUUGUGCAACAAAACCUUCGGUCACGAGAUCAGUCUCACGCAGCACAGGGCCGUUCAUUCGGCGGAGAAGGUGUUCGAGUGCAAGCAAUGCGGCAAAGCCUUCAAGAGAUCCAGCACGCUCAGCACUCACCUUCUAAUCCACUCGGACACGAGACCGUAUCCUUGCCAGUUCUGUGGCAAGCGAUUCCAUCAGAAGAGCGACAUGAAGAAGCACACCUAUAUACACACUGGAGAGAAACCUCAUAAGUGUCAAGUGUGUGGCAAGGCGUUUUCGCAGAGCAGCAACCUGAUCACGCACUCGAGGAAGCACACGGGCUUCAAACCGUUCGCCUGCGAGCUAUGCGGCCGAGCUUUUCAACGAAAGGUCGACCUGAGGAGGCACCGCGAGACCCAGCACGCUGACCUCAACGCGUCGCAUCGACCGCCGAUUGGUUCGAUUCCCGGACAGAAUUCCCUACCCAGUGGAAAUCCACCGAUGAUGCAGUGAAGCUAUGACGAGGCAGCGAUUGAUAAUAAGCUGCCGGUUCGGCGCGGAACGGCGAUUGCAGAUGGUGGCAAUUAACGGUCCAUUUCCGCGAAUCAGGCAGUCUGACCGGAUUGAGGCCGUAACCACUGCGAGAACUGAAAUCAUGAACGAUGAUCAUCAAUGAUGGCGGAGAGGCAACCGAGAGCGAUAAAUUAAUCUCAUGGAUAGAAUCACAUGAGUGAAGCGAUUGCGGAAUGUAUCGCGAUGGGUUAUUGGCUGAAUGAUAUCAACUUUUUGCAUCUUAAAUUAUUUUUUAUAUUUUUCACUUAAUAUGUUCUUCUAACAGUGAAAAAGUUAUAUGAUAUAAUUUAAAUUUUUACACAAUUUUGCAACUUAAAUUAUUAUAUUAAAGAACCUGCAAUAAAAAAUUAUUAGAGGACAAUAAUUGAUUUGAAUUGAGGAUAUAUUAGUCAUUAGAAAGCAAAACGUUAAUAUCAUUCAAUCACAAAUAAUAUUGAAGAUGCAAAAUUUCAUCUAAAUUCAGAUUCGCAUGAUUCGAAUGCGAAAAUAACUGGAACAGUGCAAUUAGAAGAUGAAUUCUCGGGACAACGGAAAUUGACUGAAGGUGGGGAACUCUAAUAUUUUUUUUAUUGAGAAAUCUUUAUUGAUCUUUUAAUCUGAAGAGAUUAUAUGAGUUGAUAUUUAUGUGAUUAUUUGUUCCAUCGAAUUUCAUCGUUGAGCGAAUAUUGCGCUACUUCAAGGAUUCUUGACUUGUAGAAUAUAUUAAGGAUGGAGAAACUAAUAAUUUUUGACUGAAACAUUCCAUGAAAAAGCAUUGCAUUUAUUUCGUUCCUAAACGUGUCAGAUGAAACAUGCUAGAGUACUGAUUUCUUCAGCGACUCUUUUAUUAGGACAAGAGAGCUUUCCGCUACAACAAGAAACGAUAAUUUAUUAAUUACAAAGAUGCAUAAGAUGCGUAUAAAAAAAUAGGCGAAUGGACGAUCGACUGUUUUGUUACGAAUGAUGGUUAGCACUUUCUACUUUAAUCAACGUCUACCUACUGCUAAUCGAUUACCUGUUAUUGUAACUUGUCUUAUUACGUAGAUAUUCUCACGACACGCAGUGCAAUUUUCAAGUUAGUCGGACAUUUUGCAAAAAUGUAUGCCAUUUUAACAGUGCACGAUAUCAUGAUACAAGAUAUUAAAAAAAAAAACAA